AGAUUAGCGCUGUGGUGUACCAAGUUACUUUAAUAAAAACACAAUGUCAGGAUCAAAAAAGAUGACGCUGCGUGUGCAGUCACCAGAGGGAACUUCACGCAUAGAGGUGUUUGACACAGAUGUAACGGCACGGCUGUAUGAGCGUGUGUACGAAGUUCUAAACCUCAAUACAUUUGGAUUUGCGUUGCACCGUGACCGUCAGCGCAAAGAAGAAAUAAUUUCGAGCAAGUCACGGCAACUCCGAGAAUAUGGCCUACAGCACGGUGAUAUGCUGUAUCUCAGUCCAGUUAAUGGUGCAGUGUUGUAUGAUCAACCUUCAACUAGUGUACAGGCACAGUCUAAUACUAAACAGUUUGGAGAAACAAUGGAAACAGCACCAUUAGUGUCAGUAGCCACAACAUCAUUGUCACAGAAGCCUGGUGUUCCUGAAGAAGAUGAGGUAGACUUGGAGCUCUACAAGUUACCAGGGACCAUCCAGCGGCAACGUGAUGAAAAAUUGUGUCGCCACAACUCUAAUGGCUGUUGUGUACACUGUUCACCUCUGGAGCCUUGGGAUGAGGGUUACCUGAAGGAACACAACAUUAAACAUAUGUCCUUCCAUUCCUAUCUACGCAAGAUUACAUCAGGAAAAUUUAUAUCGUUGGAUGAACUCUCAUGCAAAAUUAAGCCAGGCUGCAAGGAGCACCCGCCGUGGCCUCGUGGUAUAUGCUCCAAGUGCCAGCCGGGAGCGGUGACCCUGAACCGGCAGCCCUACCGCCACGUGGACAACGUGCUGUUCCAGAACGCGGCGCUAGUGGAGCGGCUGCUGGCCUAUUGGCGCGCCACUGGACACCAGCGCUUGGGCUUUCUAUAUGGAAAUUACGAACAACACCCCGACGUGCCUUUGGGUAUACGCGCCCGCGUGACGGCCGUCUACGAGCCGCCGCAGGAGAGUGGGCGCGACUUCAUCUCGCUGCGCGAGGAGCCGCACGCCGAGCUGCUGCAGGAGCUGGCGCGGCGCCUGGGGCUGCGGCGCGUGGGCUGGAUGUUCACCGACCUGCUGCCCGACGACCUGGCCGCCGGCACCGUGCAGCACGUGCGCGGCGUGGACACGCACUUCCUGUCGGCGCAGGAGUGCGUGACGGCGGGCCACUACCAGAACCUGCACCCCAGCGCCUGCCGCCACGCCUCCUCGGGCUACUUCGGCUCCAAGUUCGUCACCGUCUGCGUCACCGGCGACAGCGCGCGGCGCGUGGCGCUGGAGGGCUACCAGGUGUCGGGGCAGUGCCAGGCGCUGGUGCGCGACGGCAUCCUGCUGCCCACGCGCGACGCGCCCGAGCUCGGCUACAUCCGCGACUGCAGCCCCAACCACUACGUGCCCGACGUCUACUACAAGGAGCGCGACGCGUACGGCAACGACGUGAGCGUGGCAGCGCGGCGCGUGCCCGUGGCCUACCUGCUGGUGGACGUGCCGGUGGGCGUGGCGCGCCAGCCCGGCGCCGCCCCCGCGCCCGCCGCCGCCGCGCCGCCGCCGCACUCCAUGCGCGCGCUGCACCACCACAUACUGUCUGCGCCCUCCUUCCUAGAGGCGAUGUCGGACCUGCACGUGCUGCUGUACCUGUGCAGUAACGAAGCGCUACCGCUGUCGCUAGACACCGUGCAGCCGCUGCUGCAGGCCGUGCGCGAGCGCGAUGCAGCCGCUGCGGAAAGCUGGCGCGCGCAAACCCAGCCCGCCACGCUGCUGCAGCUGGCGCGCGCCGCGGCCGAGGCGGACGCGCCGCACGGUGCUGAUGCGGGCGGGGGUGCGGACGGUGCGGGGGGCGCGGGCGCGGUGUGGACGUGCGCGCUGUGCACGUACCACAACGCGGCCGCGCUGCGCGCCUGCGAGAUGUGCGCCAUGCCCAGGAGCGACGCGAUGUAGUGCGCACACGUACGUCGUCGGCGCCAUCUUACGUUAUUAUGAACUGCGACUGAGUUGAAAACAUUCACUAGAUUAUGAUUUCUCAUACCUCGCCUUUAAGUUUUUUAUACAUAUCUGUUUGUAAAUUGAAAACUGUGGUUGGUUCCUUUUGCUUGGAUCAAGUUACAAUGCUAAGUUUCGUCACAAUGUGCGAUAUUCUAAAAAAUAAACCAAGGUGCUACAGCAGUUUCGUAAUUAUCAACCCUUUCAAUAAAUACUUAAACUUCAUUGGCUUAAAUAAAUAUAGAUUCAGUUUGUACUGAUCAAGUAAUGGUCCAACCAAGACGUACGCGUACGCGAGAACUGCCAUUAAUAAGUGGUCACAAUAUUUUACUAAAAAAAAUAGCGUGUAUCAGUUUGUUUGCGUUAUUGAUUGUAUCAAAAUACUAUAAUACAUAUUUAUAUAUGUAAAUUUCUUAAUAUUUACGAAAAAAUUUAGUUUUAACUAAAGUUUUCUGUAAAUAUUAAGAAAUUUACAAUGCUUUCUAUUACAAGAAAGUUACAAAUUAUUGAAGGUUCGGCCGGUUCAGUUAUGGUUUGUGUUAUUGUUCGACUCAUGUAAGAUGCACUAAUCUAGACGAGCGCUUCACAAUAAGGGCUAAUUAUCUUGUUCACCAGAUGUCGCUAGUUGACGUUGGACUGAGGUAAAGUUUUUUGUUAAACAAUAUCAUAUAAUUGAGAAGUUGCGUUCUAAAUAAAAUUUUAUUGGUUUCUAGAUUAUUAUAUAAAUACACAAAAUAAUGCCACAGUCGUUUAUUCCUUAAUGUUUUUCACAUUUUUUUAAUUAGUUUUUUAUUUUUUCUACUUUAAGUAAUAUCUGUAUUUUGUUUUAUAUGUUUCUAAUGUAAUUAAUAUAAAAUAUAACUAAUAUUACAGAAAUAAACAUUAACAAAUUAACUUCUCUGCCAUGUAAUUUGUCAAAUAUUUAACCUCGUUCCUAAGUGGCGCCCUGGUGGAAAGUUGUGGAUACCCUCAUUGUCUCCAUGCGUUCGUACGCAGGGUAGAGUUUCUCUCGAGUUAAUCUCGAUAGUGACAAAUCGCCUCAGAAUGUAUGCGUUAGCGCUGAAUUUAAACAUGUGAGCGCGAGCCAUCGCUGUACGUGUGGUUACAACUUAGUUAUAUUUCAUGGAGAUUUGUUUUCGACUACUUUCAACACAUUUUUGAUUGAAUUUUUUGUCACAUCGGCUACACGUACAGCGGUGCGGUCGCGUCGGCUAGACAAAUGUAUUGUACAUGAAGAAAUGUUAAUUUAUUAUAUUUAUACCGCGCGCAGUCUGUGGCGCGUUUUGUAAGAAACGGAGAGAGUGAGAAAUGGUAAAUAUAAUGUGCGUUGUACGC